AUGAACAGUGGAAUUCUCUUCUUGUCCCUCCUUGGCUUUGUCCCACUCGUGAUACCCAUGUGCCCUGUGCCAUGCAAGUGUGCUACCAACAUUAUUGACUGCACUUCAAAAGGCCUAACUGUAGCAAAACUACCAGUUACCUUCCGCCCUUCGGCUGAAAUUAUCCACCUUGGUUACAACAGGCUCACCUCUAUUCCCAAUGGGCUCUUUGACAAUCUAAAGAGCCUCCAGGUAGUCUACCUACAGGGCAACCCUUGGGAAUGCAACUGUGACAUCCUCUACUUGCGCUCGUGGCUCCAGUGGCAGCAGAACCGGACCUUAUACAGGGAUGUGAGAUGCAGCGCCCCAGCUCACCUGCAGGACCGAAUCAUUGCCUAUCUUACAGAAGAUGAGAUCAUCUCCACGUGCCAGUACUGGUACUGCAGCCUGGCUUUCUUCUCUCAGCUCUGUCUCUUCAUCUUCCUUUUCCUCCAGGGUAUCUUGGUUAUCUUCAUCAUAGUCUACCUGCAGAAAUUUCGGAGAAUGAGCAGUGAAGCCCGGAGCACCACUCAAGAUCUACACCAGCACGUGGACACCUGGGUAUCUUCUUCAAGAAGCCCCUACAACAGUGAUUAA